AUGGAACAACACUCCCUAUCUCGGUUGAUUGGAGCUCCUCCUGGAGGGGGACAGCUUACAGAAGCUGUACCAAGAAGACCUUACAAUGUUAUAUUGUUUGAUGAAGUUGAGAAGGCUCAUACUUCAGUUUUCAACACCUUCCAAAUUCUUGAUGAUGGUAGACUGACUGAAGACCAAGGACACUCAGCUGACUUCAACAAUUCAGUUAUCAUCAUGACCUCAAACCUUGGAGCUGAACACCUCCUCAUGGGAUUUGUCAGAAAAUGUACCAUGCAGACUUCAAGAGAGCGAGAGAGUGAUGCAAGAGGUAAAAAACACUUCAGGCUAGAGCUGCUUAAUCGACUUAUGAAAUUGCCGCCUUUGAUUCCCUUUCACAUGACCGAGGAAAGUUUCGGUGCUAGGCCAAUCAGGAGGUGGCUAGAGAAGAAGGUGGUGACAGAGUUGUCAAAGAUCCUUGUUAAAGAGGAGAUCGACGAGAACGCUACUAAUGAGGUGGCCUCUGUCAAGAGGAUGAAGAUAGCUGAGGUCCAUGAGGAUGAGAAGAUGGAGGAUUAA